AUGCUUCAUGAAAAAUCUUUAACAUCAAAAAAAAGAUCAAGUGAAAUAUUACUAAAAGACGAUAAGAAAAGACAUAAAGAAUCAAUUAUAAUACAGUGGAAUACAUCAGAUUCAAAUGUCUUUCUAAAACCAAUAUUUUCAGAAACAUAUUUAACAUUAUUGUCUAAAGCACUUGAUCAUCUUAAAAAGGUAGAUUCUCGAUUUCAAGUCUUAUCAGAACGCUUUCCAUGCAAACCAUUCUCUCCAGAGGGUCUUAUGGAACCUGUCAAUCCAUUCCAGUCUUUAUGCCGUGCUAUUUUAAGUCAACAAUUAAGCAACUCAGCAUCAGCAUCAGUAUAUCGAAAAUUUAUAAAAUUAUUCUUUCCAGAUGAAACAAAGCAGCCCCAGAACAGGGAAAACAAAUCAUCCGACUCACAAGCUUCGGAAGCAAAAAUCUUUCCUAUGCCACAAACAGUACGUGAUAUGUCUCCAGAGAAUCUACGUUUAGCAGGAUGUUCUUUCAAAAAAAUAGAAUAUAUAAAAUCACUUGCAAACAAUUUUCUUUCUGGAGAUCUUUCAGCUGAAUUUUUUUCAAAUACAUCAGACGAGGGAAUUAUGCAACGUCUUACCACUAUCAAGGGCAUUGGUCCAUGGUCUGCUGAAAUGUUUCUUUUAUUUUCCUUAAAAAGAACAGAUAUUUUAAGUACAGGUGAUUUAGGAAUUCAAAGAGGUAUGGCAUUAAUGAAAGGAAAAAAUAUAUCAAAGCCAAAUAAAGGAAAAUGGAAAUACAUGAGUUACGAAGAAAUGAUAGAAAUGGCUGAACCUUGGAGACCAUAUCGAUCCAUAGCAUCAUGGUUCAUGUGGGUAAGAGCAAUAGAUAUUUAA